CUCUCUUGCCUCUGUGUGGUUUCGUCUCCAUAGAGAUCGGCGAGAAUAGCGUCCCACUGUGGAGGCAGAGCAACCUGCUACUACAUCUUCAACAGAGACCCCAUCUUCGACCCAAGAACGCGAAAGUUCUUUCUAAACGUUUCGGCGUUUCGCUUCUUCAAACACGGUCUCCUCAACACUAAAUGGCGAUCCACCGCCGCUACCCGCCUUCACGUUUUGAGAUAAGAAAAAUCUAAUUUUGAACUUUUUUCUUUUACAUUUUGGUAUAAAAUCAUUGACAAGCUAAGUUAAAGCUUAUUGAUUUCGGAAUGGAACUUCUAUAAAUAUUCACAUUUGGCUCGAAAUACUGUCAAAAGAAUAUUUGGGAAACCAAAUUUACUUAAAUGCAUAUACGGAAAAGAAUGAAUGCGAUGAAGUGAUAUGUUCUGUCCAGUCCAGUUGCAGAUGGAAAGUAGGAAAAGAAUGCAAAUUGGAAACACAAUGAAAAUUCAGAUGUAGCUUUUAGCUGAGCUAAAUUUAGUAAUCGAUUUUUCUUUUUUAAGAAAUUGGAGUUUGUGGAAUCAUUCUUCAUUUAUAUUGCUUCUACUAAUACCUUAAAAGGCUGAAAAGAGACUGAAGAUGGAAUUAUAUUUUCAACCAUGAAAUGAAAACACCAAAAUCAAAGCGAAAGAUACAUGCAUCAUUCAAGGUGCUGUAGUGAUAUAUAUUAGUAGGUAUUUUGCUUGCUUGAUCUUGUAUGCAUAACCUUACUUGUCAGAGUUUCAUAGUUCCUCAAGAGGGAUAAUGAUCUUAGAUGCAUGCUAUACUGAAUCAAUUUGUUCUUGUGACUUCAUGGUUGUCACUGAAUGGGACUUUUCUUAGUCCUAUAUUUCCUAUUCCCUUGUAUACUAUGCUGGAUAAGACAUUUUCCACAUCAGCAAAAUGCCUUGCUUAGGUGGCUUGAUAAUUGAUAUGAUGGUUGGAAUGUUAUUUUGAACCCAAUUAAGCUACAAAAUUAGGGAACUCUGUACUCUGUCAUAUGGUAUUUCCAUUUCGUUUAUUCUAACUCUCUCUUUUAAAUUUUAUAUAUUGCAAGCUGAUAGUUUAUGAUCUCUGUGUUGCGUCAUGGAUGAUCGAGAGAAAUCAAGAUCCAUAAUAUUGAAAUCAGAAAAACACAAGAGGGUGCCUAUAUUUGUAAUGAUGCCUGUUGAUGCAUUUGCCAUUGAUGCCACUGGAAGUCCAAGGAUUAGAAAAAUCAAGGCCUUAACUGUAUCUUUAAAAGCACUCAAGUUGGCAGGUGUUCAUGGAAUUUGAGUUGAGGUCUGGUGGGGAAUUGUGGAAUGCCUUUCUCCUCUUGAAUAUGAUUGGUCUCUAUAUGAAGAGCUCUUUAAACUUACAUCUGAUUCAGGGCUGAAGUUGCAUGUUGCACUGUCCUUCCACUCAAACACUAACUCAUCAGGUGAAAAAGGGAGCAUAAGUCUUCCACUGUGGAUUUUAGAGGUUCGUUCUCUUACUCUGCUGACCAACAAGCUAAUGGAUGGAUGCAACCUAGUCACAGGUUAGUUGGUUGUCCUACUGAAUUCUUCAACUUUGUUAUACUUUGGUCAAAAUGAAGAGACUGGCAGAAAAAUUUCCCGAGUUCCAAAGAAAACACACAAGAUUAUCCAGCCAAAACUAUCAAUAUGCUAGUGUAAUGUACUUGACUAAUCUUGAUUUUGUCUCUGGUGUCCAAGCUGUCCUAUUGACAAGGUUGCUCGGUAAGAAACUAUCUAGGUCUUGAGUGCAUUCUAAUUAUUAGUAUAGCCAGAAAGUAGGAUCCCUGAUAAUUUUUUUAUUGAAAUUCUUUUCUCAGAUUGGUAACCUGAAUACGGAUAUAUAUUAUCAAGAUCGACAUGGUUUCUCCAAUGAUGAUUACCUUACUCUAGGGGUAGACCAACUUCCCCUGCUCUCUGGCUGGAAGACCCUCCAAUGUUAUGAAGACUUCAUGUAUAAUUUUGUUAACAUAUUUGAACCCUUUAUUGGAACUGUUAUUGAAGAAAUAACUGUCGUUCUUGGCCCUUCUGGAGAGCUUAGGAUGGAGGACUUGAAGAUGGCUGCUUGUCAAGAAGGAGUGCCUCAGUGGGGGAACAGAGGACCAGAAUGCUGGGUGUUACAACAAUCUUACAUCAAGGGUGCCCUUUUUUGAAGGAGAGAAAAGCUUUCUAUGUGGUGUGUGUGCAGAGUUAUUUAUUUAAUACUUCCAUGCCAAAAUUUAUGCUUGAUUGAAACGUUGUGUACUUCCUGGAGAACAAACAUUAAAGUGCUAAAUGACCU